CUGCCCGGAUGAAGGAGGCAGUGCGGACUGAGGUGUAACCCCCCCCCAAGCUCAGUGACCACCGUCUGCCCGGGUAAAGGGGUCUUCAGUGUCCGGCUGUAGAUCCCCCCUGUGAAGAUUCAUUCCCGCUUCUCCUUGAUGAUAAGACCCAAGAAAACUUUUCAUCCAGAUGUUUUGCUCUAAGAAGAAGCUUCUGCCCUCAUGUCCAAAUAUCCUCACCCCAGAUAAGAUCCCCAAGUUCUUUAUACCUCCUAAACUGUCCUCGGUAGAGGAUGGGGGGGAUCAUGUGGGGAAGUGGCUACAGAAGAACCCCUCAGAUAACUCCAGAUCUUCUCCCAGGGCCCUGCUGAGGUCGGCCAGCCGUCAUGUCAUCCAGGUGGAGGAUGUGGAGCAGGAGGUCGACCCUCCAGGACAGAGAUCUCAUCAGUCAAUGGCCUCCAGUAUCCUGGGGAGCCCGUACCUGUCGGAGAGCCCUCACACUCGGAGGAGGGAGUCUCUCUUCCAUCAGAUGUGUCACACACAUGGUCCUUGUGAAAUAAAGCCGCUGUCCCCGUUAGAUCCCGACCACAUUCUGAACUGGAAAUCAUCUCCUCAGGAUCAGCGUCUUCAGAGAUUUUCUUGUGGUGUCUUGGACAGUGACACGACCUCCUCCGCAGAGUCUUCUCCUAUCAGUUCUCCCCUUUUAAAUCGAGGUCCCAUUAGGCCCAGUCCUGCCAAUCCUCAGGGUUAUGGCCGCUCUCCCAUGACUAACAUCCUGACUCGAGCCAACUCCCUGUCCACUGAAGAAACCAGUUCCACGGACACCAGUCCAAACCUGCCCACCAAGCAAAGCCACUCCAGCCCUCGGGCCUCCAUGCUGCACCUCGUUCCUCCUCCCAUUUUACACCUGGACUUUAUUUGCUGCCAGGAGCGUUUGACCAGGGAGACAGAGGUGAUGCUAAGUAAAGGGGGUCUCCUCCGCCUGUCACUGGAGUACGUUAAAGAGUUGUUACGUCUGCGGGUGAAACUGGUCAACGCUGAGAACUUGUACCCGUUGUAUCAGGACCCUCGCAGCAUCAGCUCUUGUGUGCUCAUGUAUUUGAUGCCCGGGAAGCUGCAGAAGCAACGAAGCACCGUCAUCCGCCGAAGCAGGAACCCCAUUUUCAAUGAGGACUUUUACUUCGAAGGGGUGGAAAAAGGAGAACUGGGCAACCUAAGGUUAAAGGUGAAAGUCAUCAACAGAGGGACGAGCAUGAAGCUGGACCAAGUGCUGGGGAGAAGUGAGCUGCGGCUGGCCACCAUCCUGCCCCUGUAAUGUCUAUGAAACAGUCCUGAAGAAAGACUAUACCCAGCCCUCACCAGUGAUGCGCAGUGAAGAUAUAUUAGACCAUAGUGUGGUACAAGGACACGUUUCGGCAUGGGAGCCUUCCUCAGCUGUACUUCAUCAUGGCAUAAUAAAUCUUCACUGGUAAGUGCUGUGUAUAGUCUUUCUUCUAUCCUACCUUGUUCACAGGGCUGGUGCAAGGAUUUUAGCCACUAUAGGCAGCAUACUGGAUGGACCUUACUUGCCUGUCUUGCCUCGGGGGUGGCACUGCGCUCCUCCAGCAAACUGAAGAAUGCAGAUUAUUAUGGAACCGGGGGGUGGGGGAUGCAAUGGUGUUGCUGGCUGAACAGGUGCUUUGGAUGAGCGGCAGGUGCUUUGGAUGCUGGCUACUAACUUUCUUGCAGCCGGGAGAGUGGCGCCCCCAUCAAGCCCUCUAGGCGGUUGCCUAUUUUGCCUAUAGACAGAGCAGGCCCUGCUUGUGCACCACAGCAGAUUCCACGGAAGUGCCGACAUAUCCCUAUAUGAAACAGUCCUGGUCACACAAGGGGUCAUCGAAUACGCCCGCGCUCACUGAAUCCACAUCCAACUCUCGUCCAGGUACUGGAGGGUCAGUCUCCAAAGUUUUAAGAGGAAUAGGCAGAAAAUGACGCAGUGAAGACAGAACUCGGAAUUCUGCAGGAUCAAAGCUUCACGGACAUUCAUGGACUCAUCCUAAACACUAGGGCAGCGAUGUUCACUGCAACAGAUCACUCCAUGUAUUCGGGAUAGAGGGGACUAUACCCGGGGAGGAGCGCGUUCACACUGUUACACACCUUAAUAGUUCUUUCAAUUAGUUUUUUUCUUCCGGGCGUCAUUAUUAUGGCUCAAAAAAUAUAAAGUGCGUAGUACCGAGGAUUGUGUCACAAGGUAUAUGAGCCUCAAAACCUUAUUUAUUUGGGUGUUUUCUCCUUUUUGAAGGAGUUUUAUGCAUAUUUUUGCUUUACAGAAGGUUUUUCUAGCAUUUUUUGGUGCAUUUUAUUCAAAUCAGGGCUUAACAUGCAAUAAUAUACGUUUAUAUUAUUGUGCAUAAAAUGCCUCUAAAUGCUAUGGGGAGGAGUUUAUCGCUUUUGACACCUUUUUCUCAGGCUUGCACGUUCUUCUUUAUGACAGUUUUAAUUGCACAAAAGUUACCAAAUUGUCGCAUGUAUGUAUUAUAAAAUUGUGUGUGUAAAGCACUCUUUUGUGCUCGGCUACUGAGUGGAGUACAGUUGAAUAUAGUAAAUUUAUCAAAGAACCCAUUACAAUUAAACCACUCCCCCCCUUUACACUGAAGCCACGCCUUAUUGUUAGACCAGGCACCGAAGUGUCAAAAACACAAAAAUAAAAUCACAUAUUUUUGCGCAAAAUAAGAUUUGGACAAACAUUUGUAAAAAUAAAUUAUGCCAGAAAAAUGACACACAAGGGGUCCAUAAACCAUUCCAUAUGUGUGAGCUUUAUUGGGAUGUAAGGGGUCCAUUUUAUGCAUAUAAAAUGCUGUUUUUUGUUGUUUUUUUAUGUUUUUUUUGUUUUGUUUUUGUUUGUGUUUUUUGUUUUUUUUUGUGUGGUUUUAUGUGCUUUUUGUUUGUUUUUACGUAUUUUUGUGUGUUUUUAUGUGCUUUUUGUUUGUUUGUUUUCUUUGAUUUUUAUUGUUUUUAUGUGUUUUGUAUUUGUGUGUUUUGUCUGUUGUUUUUUUUUUUUUUUUUUUUUUUUUAAUGAAUGCUGUGAAACACUUGAAAACUGCAAAUGCAGACCUGAUUUGCAUGCAAACUGUACUAAAUAACUAAACCACAACUGUGAAAGAAAAAAUAUGCGUCAAACGCAAAAAAAAAAAAACAAUGCUAGAAAAGUAUUUAAUCGUUGCUGGUAAAACAAGAACAUUUUUUGAGCUACAAUGUGUGAACAAAAAAAAAUCAAA